AUGUGCGAUACAUUCCGUGUGUUUUGUAUCACAAGGAUAUCGCAGGUUGGGACACCUGGGCAGCGUCCAGGCCCAUCAGGCAGCAUCCCAGUUACCAUCUCUACAGCAUUCCAGCCUAACGUGCACGUCGACAAUCUGCGUCCCGAUAUCGUGCUCACGUCGUCCGACAACGUGUUCUUCUACGUGUGUCUCCAUCGCCUCCUCGCCGCAUCCGACAACGGCUUCAACUCCCUCUUACCCCCACCCUCCGUAUCCGACGAAUUCACCCCCGUGAUCGAUCUUCCCGAGUCGGCUGACGUGCUCAAUGUCGUGCUGCACAGUAUUCACAACUGGGACGCCAGCUGCUUCGCGCCUUCUUAUGAGACGCUCUCUGCGGCUAUCGCUGCGCUCGUGAGGUACGGUAUGCAGCCCAAGCGCAUGAUCUUACCCACCACAUCGCUUUUCUCACUCCUACUUGCACAAGCCCCACUCCAACCGAUUGAUGCAUACGCUCUCGCCGCCUCGUAUGAUCUGGAGGAGCUGGCAGUGGCCAUCUCUCCACAUCUCCUCGCAUACCAGCUUCCCUCCUUAACCGACGAGGUAUCGAAGCGCAUCGGAGCCGUCUAUCUAAAACGGCUGUUUUUUCUACACAACGGCCGCAUGGACGCACUCGGACGGCUGCUCUUGCAUCCACCCCAACCGCACCCGGAGACCCCUGAAUGCGAUAACGAACAGCAACGGAAGUUGAUGCGAGCAUGGGCUCUUGCAUCUGCGCACUUGGUAUGGGACGCGAGACCAGGUGAGCCUACAACGUCUUGUGCGGUGCUCACUGUCUAA